UGUUCAGAUCGAAUCCAGAAUGAGCCGCCUCAGCCCAGAAGAAACGUUCGACAAGUUGGCGAGUAUGCUCGGUGACUUACCCGAAAUGGCGGAAGGCAAUUAUCCCCAGGUGCGCAUUAUCGUGUUGGAGAGAGGCGAACAUCUAGAGACUAUUGUUCGACGGAUGGAAAAAGGACAUUUUGUUCGUUUUCAUCGUGGUAGCUCUUUGCUCGGAGUCGAUGUAGAGAUUCGUACGACCUUGACAGGACACGAGCCUUUGAAUUGGACUGAAGGCACAGAUCAUCUGGCUGCAUACUGUCAAGUGGAAUGCACAACUGCUGGAUCAUUCAAAUAUACAUUUACUGCUGAUGGAGAGGAAUGUGGAAGUGGCUAUUUUCUUGUUAUGCCUACACUGGCCACAAAUGGAAAACGACUACCUAUGGACGGAAUUGCUUGCCAAACACAUCUUACAAAAUUAUUGGGCCCCUUGUCAUGCUGGGAGCAACGACUUCGAGUCUCAAAAGAAAGCGGCUACAAUAUGAUCCAUCUAACACCUGUACAUGAGCUCGGAGUAUCGGACAGUGCCUAUUCUAUCAGUAAUCACCAUGCUUUGAUCAAAACAAUCCAUGAGCCAGAUCGACAAGUAACGAUGAAAGAUGUGUCGGAUUUUGUGACUAAAGUUGAAAGAGAGUGGGAAAUGCUGACUGUACAGGAUGUUGUUUGGAAUCAUGCCGCAAAAAAUGCACAGUGGUUGAUGGAGCAUCCCGAAUGUGCCUACAAUUGUCUGAACAGUCCUCAUCUCAGACCUGCUUACGUAGUGGAUAGAGUUUACCACCACUUUGGAAAGGAGAUUGGUGAAGGUAAAUGGCAGUACAGAGGAGUUCCAGAGGUUGUAGACUCUGUGCACCACACAAAUACUAUUGAGUACAUCCUUCGUACGGAAAUUCUACCUGCCAUACGUCUGCACGAAUUUUUCCAAGUAAAUGUUGACGAAUGUAUGAGAAGAUUUGAGGAAAUAGCAAGAGCUGGCGCAUCAUCCGAAAUUCUCAAUGAGAACCUCCCCAUACAACAAGAUCCAGAAUGGAGGCGAUUUGGAAGCACCGUUGACUUUGAUAAGGCUUCGAAAAUUUUCAAUAGACCUAGGGAUGACGCUUCUUCAGAAGAGGAACGAAUCGAAAAAUGCAUCGCAGCAUUCCGCUAUCAUUUGAAUUAUCUGAACGAAGAAGCUGGUAAAUAUGCCUGGGAAAUUGUUUUGGCUGGCUUGCGUGCAGUUAUGGGCCACAUUACAUAUCAGCGACUUGCUGAUGAUGGUCCGAAAUAUGGAGCCGUCACGCAAAAGCAUCCGCUUACCACAGAUUACUUCUUGCAUCUGGAGGAUGUGACAUCGUGGGAGCAAGAAGAGCACCUGGCGUACGACCCGGAAAAGUCGAAAUAUCUCAUGGCUUUCAAUGGAUGGGUCAUGGCUUACGAUCCACUCAAGAACUUCGCUCUGCCUGAUUCUCAGGUUUACCUCCGACGCGAAUUAGUCUGUUGGGGUGAUUCUGUAAAACUGAACUACGGAGAUAAACCUGAUGAUUGUCCAUUCCUGUGGAAUUAUAUGAAAGAAUAUUCGCAAGAAUGCGCUCGAGUUUUCCAUGGUUUGCGUAUCGACAAUGCACACAGCACCCCUAUCCAUGUUGCUGAGUAUUUGAUAUUGGCAGCUCGUGAGAUUCGUCCAGAUUUGUAUGUGUUCGCAGAACUGUUCACUGGCAGUGAAAAUAAAGACAACAUGUUUGUCAACAGGCUUGGCAUCUCUUCCUUGAUUAGAGAAGCCCAAGCCGCGCAUGACAGUCACGAGCAAGGACGACUCGUAUACAAGUAUGGUGGAGAUGUGGUUGGUGCUAUGAUCCAAAGACCAACUCGCUAUGCUCCAGCUUCAAAUGCUCAUGGGCUCUUCUUGGAUCAAAGUCAUGACAAUCCAACACCGAUAGAGACUCGCUCUGUCUACGAUCUCCUUCCAACUGCUGCAAUGGUGUCAAUGGCUUCCUGUGCUGUAGGAUCCACUAGAGGUUACGACGAGCUGGUCAGACAUGCAAUUCACGUUGUGUCCGAACAUCGACCUUACGCAAAAUGGGGAAGCGAAACCAAGUUCAGUACUGGCAUAGUGGAAGCACGAAGAAUUUUGAACGAUUUGCAUGUUAUCUUGGCAAAAGCUCAUUAUACAGAGGUUUUCGUUGACCAAAUGAGUCCCGAUGUUGUUGGUAUCACGAGGCACAAUCCUGUGACUCAUGAUACCGUAGUUGUGGUCGCACAUACGGCUUUCAAUAAACAUGCCAUAAACAGAGAUAGAGUCUACCUGAGACAUAUUCCAAUAGGAGGUGUACUGGAAGAGAUCCUAUUCGAAAUGCGCAUGGACCAAGUGGAGAACGAGACCAAGCCGGAAAGCGACGAUUAUCUUUUGGGCCUUACAAACUACAAAGUAUCUAUUCGUCAACGCGUGUUACCUGACCACGCAAAAAUGUGCGUAGUACACGGAGAAGAAAACGGCUUUAUAGAGUUGACAGAAUUCCCAAGUGGUUCGGUGAUUGCGUUCAGGAUUCAUCUCUCGCACAAGGCUCGCGCAGCAAUAGCCACUAUCAGAGCAGUGAUUGCCGGAAAUGACGAGCUUGAGCGUGAGCUGGCCAAUGUGUUGGAGACGAUCUCGCUACAAGAUUACAAUAGAUUGUUCUUUAUGACGGAGGAAGAAGAGCAAGCUUCGAUUGGCCGUGGAGCUUACGAAAUUCCUGGAUAUGGAAAGCUUGUGUAUUGCGGCUUGCAAGGUCUAAUUCCUUUGCUGAACUGGAUUCGUGAACAUAACGAUCUUGGCCAUCCGCUUUGUGGCAACCUUCGUGACGGCACAUGGCUCCCUGAUUAUAUUUGGUCUCGUAUGGAGAAAUAUGAGGGCCUAAUCUUCUUGUCCGCCUUCUUCUCCGCAAUUCUCGGACAUUUGACUGAUGUGCCGUACUACUUACGUCCAUGUUACUUUGAAGCUAUAAUCACGUAUCUGUACAAACAGUGCAGAAAAGCUUUGAUGAAGAAACUAUCUGCAUCCAGCAAUUUGACCGGAUCUUCAUCCCUGGUUCGAGCUCUGGCUGUAUCAUCCGUAUCUUUCGUCGGUCAUGUUUCCUCCGCUGCUUUGGCUCCUCUUCCGAAGGCAAUCAAAUUGGAAGACAGAUAUCCAUCCUCACUUGCUGCAGGACUUCCACACUUUGCCGUCGGCAUUUGGCGCAACUGGGGACGUGACACUUUCAUAGCUCUGCCUGGAUGCCUUUUGAGGACUGGACGGUUUUCUGAUGCUAGAAACAUUAUAAUUUCUUAUGCUGGAUGUCUGAGGCAUGGAUUGAUACCAAACCUCCUUGCCGAAGGGAAGGGUGCUCGCUACAAUUGCCGUGAUGCUGUCUGGUUCUGGUUGUACUCCAUUGAGCGCUAUGUACGGCUAGCUCCGGAAGGACAUGAGAUUUUGAAGUGCCCUGUGCUGCGAAUUUAUCCUGAUGAUGACGUCAUAUACGGAGAAGAUGCACGGGAGCAACCUUUGAUCGAUGUUAUGUACGAAGCACUGAGUCGACACUUCGCAGGAAUUGAUUUUAGAGAACGAAAUGCUGGAUUCGAGAUCGACGAGCAUAUGAAAGAGGAAGGCUUCAACGUGAAAGCAUAUGUGGAUCGGAAUACUGGGUUUAUUCACGGUGGUAACAGAUGGAACUGCGGUACGUGGAUGGACAAGAUGGGAAGCAGUGAAAAGGCAGGAAACCGAGGAGAACCUGCAACCCCUCGUGAUGGAGCAGCUGUAGAGUUGCAGGCUUUGGCAUACAACAUUCUCUGUGCUAUGGCAGAGUGGUCCAAUGGAGGAUUAAUAAGCCAAAGCGGGGUAUCACAUGAUUCUGAAAAUUGGAGCUGGUCAGAAUGGGCCGAGAAAAUCAAAGCAAAUUUUGAGCCCCAGUUCUACUUGAAUGAACAUGACGACAGUAAACACGCCAAUAGGAGGAACAUAUUGAAAGAUACCGUUGGUUCCUCACUUGGAUACAGUGACUAUGAGUUGAGACCGAACUUCACCAUCGCUUUGGCUACGGCGCCAACGUUGGUGGAACCUCAUAAAGCUUGGUUGGCACUUGAAGCCGCUAGAGAGUAUCUGCUAGGACCAUUAGGAAUCAAAACACUUGACCCCAGUGAUUGGGCAUAUAACGGAGAUUAUUAUAAUGACGAUGGAUGCGAUAAAAAGACCGCAUGUGGAUGGAACUAUCACCAAGGACCUGAAUGGGUUUGGGUGGCUGGAUACUAUUUGCGUGCACGCCUCGCUAUUGGCAACAUUCUUGGAGGGUCAGAAUGGCAAUCGGCUAGAAAGGAAGUCCAGUCAAGGCUAGGAAACUACUAUCGAGAAAUCAAGAAAUCUGCAUGGAGUUCAUUACCCGAACUUACCAACUCGAAUGGUAACCCCUGUCCGGCAAGUUGUUCAGCCCAAGCCUGGUCCGUCAGCUGUAUACUUGAAGCCUGCUUGGACUACGUCAACAUCGCGAGUGCACCACAUUGACCCUUACUGGAUCAUUCUGGAAGAUACUGAAGUUAUGCCUGAUGAUGCUAUUCCAUGCUGACGCAAGUAUUUUGUGUAAAUUUUGUUGUGUGAUGUACAAAUAGUAGAACGGAGGUCCUCUGCAUUUCCAGCCAUCCAGCAUUUGUUGACCAUAAUCGCCUUACUGCCAUCCUAGUGUUAAUGAACAUGGGAUUUUUUCCAAGAACUAAUGUUAACCCACACUUGUUAUAGUCACAUUAUUGCUCAAGUUGAUUGUCAAUUGUCAUCCACUUCUCGCCAUUAAUAGCUACUUUGCUCAUUUGUGCAUGUCAUGAUUAGACGUAGUCACCGAAUCAGCGACGGUUCAUAAAUAUUUCGCUGUUACGCAAGAAAAGGUGAUUAGGAUGUAGAGAAUAAAUACUGCUACCCGU